UCAUCUCAUUACUUUCAUACUUGUGUUCGCGAGGAAGCGCCUGUGUAAUGACUGUAGUUGUUUUCUUGUGUUGGCAGAUCUACCAGCACCUGCGGUGGUACACGAACCCCGCGGAGCAGCGGUGGAUCGUCCGCAUUCUGUUCAUCGUGCCCAUCUACGCCUUCUACUCGUGGGUGUCGCUGCUGUUCUUCAACAGCGAAAGCUACUACGUCUACUUCUUCACGGUCAGAGACUGCUACGAAGCCUUUGUAAUAUACAAUUUCCUGAGCUUAUGUUAUGAGUACUUGGGAGGAGAGGGCAACAUUAUGAGUGAAAUUAGAGGAAAACCUAUCAGAUCCAAUUGCAUGUAUGGUACAUGCUGUUUGGUGGGCAAGACUUAUACUAUUGGCUUCCUGCGUUUCUGCAAACAAGUGACAUUGCAAUUUUGCCUGGUGAAACCAGUUAUGGCCUUUGUUAUCAUAAUUUUGCAAGCGUUUGGGCACUACAGAGAUGGUGACUGGAGCCCUGAUGGUGGUUACCUGUACAUCACCAUCAUCUACAACAUUUCUGUGAGCUUGGCGCUUUAUGGACUCUUUUUAUUUUAUUUUGCAACAAAAGAUCUCCUGACUCCCUUUGAACCAGUUCUUAAAUUCUGCACAGUGAAAUCUGUCAUUUUUCUGUCCUUCUGGCAAGGUGUUUUGCUGGCAGUUCUAGAGAAAGCAGAAGUCAUUGAUCCCAUUAUGGAUGCCAACAAUCAGCACACAAGUGUGGGUACUGUGUCUGCAGGUUACCAAAAUUUCCUCAUCUGUAUUGAAAUGUUCUUUGCCGCCAUUGCACUGCGAUAUGCCUUCCCUUAUCAAGUGUAUGCCCAAGGUUGCAUCACUGAUUCACAUGGUCGCAGUGUCACAAUGCAAAGCAUUUCCAGCUCCCUGAAGGAAACAAUGAAUCCUAAAGACAUUAUGACAGAUGCUAUUCACAACUUCCAUCCACAGUAUCAACAAUACACACAGUACAGCUCAGGUGGAUCACAUUCACAUCGUGGCAUCCGUGUGGGCAGUUAUGAUCCUGAUGAUCCAACACAAGGAGGAGGUGGAGGAGUUAUGCAAGGCAACGGCAACGGCAAUGGUAACACAAGGCGCCACAGCUCACUAACAAAUCAACGUGUCUCAACGAUCAGCCAAAACUACAACGAGAAAACCAUGCUUCUCAGCUCAGAUGAUGAAUUUCAGUGAACUCUUGCCAAACAUGGGUGUUCACAAGAUUGGUUAAUUGUGCCAUGUUACUUAACUGCAGAUUACAUUCACAGUCAGCGGAGCAGAUUAUGGUGUAAAUAACAUGAGCUACAUGGGAAGAAAUGUGGAAACAUAAUACUUAUGACGGAAUGGAGGAGAACUCAAAUGUAGAUUUGCUGAUGUGAGGAUGUUCAUUUUUUCAUGUCAAUGUGUUUAAUAUAUUCUUAAAUUGUUAUUUGUUUAAUGUAUGGAAUGACAAUUGCUUAACUUUGUUAUUUACACCAUUUACAUUCAUAAAUGAUUUAUAAUAUCUCCAUCAAGCAAGUGAUCCCUCUGUAAAUUUGUACUUAGUUUAACUCAGUUAAAAGGAAAGACUGCAUCAAUAGUAUAUUGAUUAAUAUUUAGAGAUAGUUUCAGCUGUAAGGAAUAGUUUGGUUAAAGUCACAAGAAUAGUUACUGCUUGAGGAUGUUCGUUCUUCCUAUAUGAGAGAUAUUCUACUCUCAUAUGCAGUCCAGGAACGGCAGUCUAAAUGUAAUAUGGAAAAUAUUUUGUACUUUUAAAUGCUAUUUUUAUCCAAAUGCUAGUUUAACCUUUCAUUGAUGACAAACUAAUUGCAAAAACGCAGAGGGUAGAGAAAGGAAAUAUUGUUUAUUUUGUAGUGUGAAAAAAAUAGAAUUUGAUAUCUCUUCUACUGACUGUGACUAACAAUGUAUAUAUUGUGCAGCUAUGUUUUUCAAUUUUUAACUCGUUAUGUUGGCACAAUAAUUCACAUUCCCAAUAAUUGGUGAUCUGUAUUUUUUGGAAUGAAACUCACAAACCUAAAGAAUCAAAGAAUUUUUCAUCUCAAUGUGCCAUGUUCCUACCUGUAAAGAUAUAAUGUGCAAUUCCUUUUCACUGACCAUGACACUUGUAUUCACAAUGUGUCUUAGUGCAGUUCAGUUUUUAAUUACAUAGAUCUUUUGAAAGAGCCUAGUUCUAACUUGAUAAUUGAAAUCUAGUGAAGAUCUAUAAAUAACAGGAAAGUUAUUUGGUGAAAAAGUAAUAAAUAUUGUGACAGUAUUUCAUAAUAUUGUUUCAAGAAGGUGAAAAGUGUAGGAAGGAGAUAUGAUUUACUUUUCUCCUUUUUACACCCAGCUAUACUAAUGCUGAGACAGAAACAAAAAUAAAUAAUUUUUGGCAUCUCUGGCAUGUUUCACAUUCUGACAUCCUUUUUUGCCAUUUCAUUCCAUUUAAACCUUCACCAUGGAAUACCAUACUCAGGUGGAGCAUUUGUUCCACUUCUAUUCGUAAUGAGACUUUCCUCUGAACAGCAGGAUGUUAUAUGGAGAUGGGAGGUGGUUGAAAUGGAGCA